AUGUCUUCCGUUAGAACAUCAAGCUCAUCUGUUGAACACGCAGACAAUGAGAAAGCACAACAUUUGAAAGUUGUAACCUACGACAAAUCAAUUGUUGAUGAUGAUGAAUACGACUUGGAUGAUCCAAAAAAUUAUAGCACCAAUUACGUUGACGAAUAUAAUCCAAGGGGAUUGAGAGUUCCAACAAAAACUGAAGAGCAAACAUUAAGAAGAGUUGUUGGUAAGAUAAAUUAUGCAAUUUUCUUAAUUUGUGUUGUUGAAUUUUCCGAAAGAGCUUCUUAUUAUUCAGUUACUGGUAUCUUGUCGAAUUUCAUUCAAAGACCUUUGCCUGAGGAUUCACCACAUGGGUGGGGUGCCCCAGCUCACGAUGACGGUAGUGAAAGUGCUGGUGCGUUGAAUAGAGGCUUACAAGCAGCCAGUGCUUUAACAAACUUGGUUACAUUUUUAGCUUAUGUUGUGCCAUUGUUUGGAGGUUACUUGGCUGAUACCACAUGGGGAAGAUGGAAAACGAUUCAAUGGGGUGUUGUAUUCGGAGGUAUCUCCCACGUCUUGUUUAUUGUUUCCGCUGCUCCAAGUGUCAUUGCUAAUGGGAAAGCUGGAUUGGCACUUUGUAUUCUUGCUAUUUUUACCUUGGCGUUUGGAUCUGGAUUCAUCAAACCAAAUCUUUUGCCAUUGAUGUUGGACCAGUACCCAGAGUCGGGUAAUAGAGUUAAAGUGCUAAAGAGUGGUGAAAAAGUUCUUGUUGAUAGAGAAAAGACCUUGGAAAGUGUUACCUUGAUCUUUUAUUGGGCUAUCAACAUUGGGGCAUUUUUUCAAUUGGCAACUUCUUAUUGUGAAAGGCGUGUUGGGUUUUGGUUAGCCUUUUUUGUUCCAUUGGUACUUUAUCUUUUUAUGCCAAUUGCAUUCUGGUUGGUUAAACCUAAAUUGGUUUUUGAAAAACCAAGUGGAUCAAUCAUUGGCUUGGUGAUUAAGAUCCUCGUUGUGUCAUUUUCUGGGAACUUCAUUAAACGUGUCUUUGAUGGUACCUUUUGGGAAUAUGCCAAACCAUCGGUCAUGAGAGCAAGGGGUCGUGAAUACUUCAACACCAAAAAACAAACCCCCAUCACUUGGACUGACCAACACGUUCUCGAUGUCAAACAAACCUUGGACGCUUGUAAGUUGUUUGUUUAUUUCAUUUUUUACAACUUGGCAGACAGUGGGUUAGGUUCAGUAGAAACAUCUUUGGCUGGUGCAAUGAACUUGAAUGGUGUGCCAAAUGACUUGUUUAGCAAUUUUAAUCCACUUGCAAUCAUUGUUGUCAUCCCUGUUUUGGAUUACAUUGUUUAUCCACUUUUGAGAAGAUUACGUAUCAAUUUCAGGCCAAUUCAGAGAGUGUUUCUUGGAUUUGUCAUUGCUGCAAUGUCUCAAGUUGCUGGUGCUGUUUUGCAACAUCGUGUUUACCAAACAUCCCCUUGUGGAAACCAUUCAACCAAUUGUCCCGAACCAUCGCCCAUCAGUGCUUGGCAAGCAUCAUCUAUAUAUAUCUUGGCCGGUGCUUCUGAAUGUUUUGCUAUGGCCACGAUUUACGCACUUGCUUAUACCAGAGCAGCUCCCUCGAUGAAAGGACUAACCACCGCGUUGUUUUUGUUUACAUCCGCAAUUAGUGCUGCAAUUAGUUUAGCUGUUACUCCCGCAUUGAAUGAUCCACAUUUAGUAAUUGUGUUUAGUGUUAUUGGUGGUGUUACAUUCUUGGCUGGUGUUGUUAUGUUUAUUCAAUUCUUUAAUUUGCAUAAAACUAUGGAGGAAGAAGAGAAGGAGAGAAUCGCGUUAGGAGGUUCUAUUGUUCCUGAAAAGAUCCAUCCAGGUGAAGCCUUGGAGCCGGUUAGCAGCGUUCAUGCUAGGUAUCCAUUAGAUGCAGUGACGUCUCUAAGAUCAAUAUGA